UCCCCGCGAACUGUCGGGCAGGUACUUUUAUUAAUUCCGGAGGGAGAAAUCUUUGUUCACAGCAGGAUUGUUCUCCGCUAGCUAUAAAGGAAAAUAAACCACUGAGGAUUAGAACAAAGACGCAAAUGCUUUGCCUUUUUCUGUUUUUAAAUUUAGAGCCUGUACGCGCCGGUGUGCCGCUUCCAGAAGUGAAGCACCUGAGCGUGGACAGACUUCUCACCAAGGCCCGGUCCUCUUUGGGACGUGGCAGUGUGACUUGCUCUCCCCAGGCAGUAAACUUGCCCCUGUGAGAGGGAAAUUGAUUAAGCCCAAGUGUGUGGUGCACUUGUCAGGGCACCAGGGCGCAUGGAAAAACCAGUGGACUCUCCCGGAAAGGAGAACAUGCCCCCCAAAUCUCUUUGCAACCUCUCCGAGAGCGCAGAGGUGAAUCCGGGCGACUUGGUCCCCGGAGUGUCGGAGAGAGACUUCCUGCCAUCCUCCGACGGGACCCGCGCCAAGUUCGCGAUCCGCUGCGUGAUCCCGUGCCUCUACCUGCUCAUCAUCACGGUGGGCUUGCUGGGCAACAUCCUGCUGGUGAAGAUCUUUAUCACCAACAGCGCCAUGAGGAGCGUCCCCAACAUCUUCAUCUCUAAUCUGGCCGCCGGGGACUUGCUGCUGCUGCUCACCUGCGUCCCAGUGGAUGCCUCGCGUUACUUCUUUGACGAGUGGAUGUUCGGGAAAGUGGGCUGCAAACUGAUCCCGGUGAUUCAGCUCACCUCCGUGGGGGUUUCCGUGUUCACUCUCACUGCCCUCAGCGCCGACAGGUACAGAGCCAUUGUCAACCCCAUGGACAUCCAGACAUCCGGGGCGGUGCUGUGGACCUGCGUGAAGGCAGCGGGGAUCUGGGUGAUCUCCCUGCUGCUGGCGCUUCCAGAAGCCGUGUUUUCAGAAGUGACGCGCAUUGAUAGCUUGGAAAAUGGCAACUUCACCGCGUGUAUACCUUACCCUCAGACGGAUGAAUUACACCCAAAGAUUCAUUCAGUGCUCAUCUUCUUGGUCUAUUUUCUCAUUCCACUGGCUAUUAUUAGCGUUUAUUAUUAUCAUAUUGCAAAGACCUUAAUUAAAAGUGCACAUAAUCUUCCUGGAGAAUACAAUGAACAUACUAAAAAACAGAUGGAGACACGGAAGCGCCUGGCUAAAAUUGUGCUAGUCUUCGUGGGCUGCUUUGUCUUCUGUUGGUGUCCAAAUCACAUUCUCUACAUGUAUAGGUCUUUCAAUUAUAAUGAGAUUGACCCAUCUCUAGGCCACAUGAUUGUCACCUUAGUUGCCCGUGUUCUGAGCUUUUGCAAUUCUUGUGUCAAUCCAUUUGCUCUUUAUCUACUCAGUGAAAGCUUCAGGAGGCAUUUCAACAGCCAGCUCUGCUGUGGGAGGAAGUCCUAUCAAGAGGGAUCAACCAGCUACCUUCCCAGCUCUUCUGCAGUGCGUAUGACAUCUCUGAAAAGCAAUGCUAAAAACAUGAUGACCAAUUCAGUUUUACUAAAUGGACACAGCAUGAAGCAGGAAAUGGCAUUGUGAUUUGAGCUAUUCAAUUCAC